CCCCUCUCUCCACAACCCCACAAAUACUCUCUCCGCUCCAGCUUGUCUUGCCUUCCGAUGUUCCCUUCCAUUCUGCCGAACAGGGUAUUCAAACGUCAAAGAUAUGUCUGAUGCUCCAAAACAAAAGCGCCACAAGAUUGAUGUUGCGUGUGAUCGCUGCCGAGCUCGGAAGGUUAAAUGCUGUGGGAGCAGGCCAGUGUGUGCACAAUGUAUGCGACGCAAUGCUCAAUGUAAUUACACUGAUGACGGCAGUCCCAGGCCUCCUGCUUCGACUCGGGUGCCAGCUGGGACGAUCCAAAAUCACCAGCCUACAUCAUCAACGAAUGGAACACUGCACGGUGCUUCGCCCGUAGCCCAGCCCCCUCUCCCGGUUCCAGCUUCAACCAGUUUAGGCACAGUCGGAACUUCUCAAGAAUGCCAUGAGGUUCAUCCGUCUACUUUUGUAUCAACAAACAUCAAUCAGUCAACAGACGAAGCUCCGAGAGUCGAUGAUGUUUCCAACUUUCGCGGUCCAUAUAGAACAGGGAGUAUGCACACUCCAAAUGGCGCUGGAAUUCCGACUGUUGACAGUAUCAAUUCCAUGACUGGUCCGAUCGAAUCAUCGAGUCCAAGUUUCUUCGGAAAUAGCUGUGCCAGUUCUUUUAUGCAGCAGCUGAAGUCAGCUGUAAAUAUCCAAGUACAAAUUCCGCGUGGUCAUGAGCAGCCUGUGUACAUGUAUCCUGUUGGCACUUCACCGCACCGGUCAGCCCUUGAAGCUUCACGUGUGAGGCUCGACUAUACACUUCCUCCUCGGAGGGUGGCAGACAGUUUAAUGAAAACAUAUUGGGAGCUGAUUCAUCCUCUGUAUCCGUUCCUCGAUGAAAACUUCAUGCACAAAGCUUACACGUCGAUCUGGCUUGGAGAGUCUCCGGAUCCAGAAGACCCUGUCCUCAUAGCUAUUCUCAACUCGAUAUUUGCUUCGGCAUGUCAAUUAGAAGAGAGUAUGGAUUGUGGAGAGCGGGCAACUUUAGCUGCAACCUUCUUUACACGGGCCCAGGACCUCAUCCAUGAGAGCUUAUGGUCUGUGGGAUCAAUACAGACCGUCCAGUGUCUACUCAUCAUGGGACAAUAUUUGCAGAGUACAAGUAAUGCCCAUCAAUGCUGGAUGGUUAUCGGCCAUGCAGUCCGGAUCGCUCAAGGCUUAGGACUACACUUACCACAGUCAAACGCGUAUGAGAAUCAUUCCGCUCAGGAUAGUGAACUUACCCGACGGGUUUGGCACGGGUGUAUAUUAAUGGAUAGGAUAUUGUCCAUGACAUUUGGUCGUCCGGCUAUGAUCUCCAGUGUGGUCGCCAGAGCUGUUCCUAUACCACAAAUUUCCCCUCACGAUCCCCGACCACCAGUCCAAGCACCACACAUAGACUCCCCAGAGCACAAUGCUUCGCCCCUGACAUUCUAUGUCAAGACCCUUCAACUCUACGACAUCAUAUCCGAAACCCUCUCAAGUACGCUCUAUGCUGUUCCUGGAGUGGAGAAAAACAACCGGGGACAUGCAGACGCUGUAACGAACAAUGUGGAUUCCUCCGAGAUAGCCACGGUUUUAAAGAUGGAUCAUGAUCUCAUGGGUUGUGGUCGUAGCCUACCUUCAUACCUGCGGAUAUCCUCAUUAGAUUCAUUUACAUCUCCGAUUUUCCAGCGGCAGGCGGUUGUCUUUAGAGCCAGGUUUCUCCAUGCACGAAUUCUCAUACUCCGCCCUAUUCUCUCUCGCUUCUGCCUCCCUCAAUCCCGUCCUCUCUAUGCCGGCACGAUUCUUGACGAGAGCGUUGGCGAACGCAUGAGUUUUCAGUGCUCUGCACUCUGUCUUACAGCAGCACAUAAUCUGAUUGGUCAUAUUAGCACACACUUCCGUUCAAGGGGCAAGAUUGGGAUGUUGCCUGCGUGGUGGUAUUGUAUUUUCUAUAUCUACACGGCGUCCACCAUUUUCUUGACAUCACGCUUGCGACCAGCCCUUGAGCAGAGCAGUCCCAUCUACUCAAUCGCGGAGUCCUGGUCCUCGGCCAUCGAAAUGCUCAAAGCACUCUGCUGUCAUGGAGAACUAGCCGAGCGAUGUGUGGCUGCGCUGGAGAUCCUGUCGGCAACCAUUUCUGCUGCUACUGUUUCGGCUGUCGAUGAGCAAGCUGGCGGUGGUACAGAGAGCGGUGACAUUGGCAGGGUGGGUGGCCCGGAUGGGAUUGCUAGUGGCAUGGAGCCUGGAAUUGGCCAUGCACCCGAGGGGUUCCCGAAUGUGGUGUUUGAUUUUGAGGACAUGUCGUGGCUGAAUAAUAUCCCAUGAAGUCCAACUAGCUGUGCUCAUGUCUUCAGUAAGCCUGUACUUAAUGUAGUGUUUGUUAUUGGAAUGAAGGGCUUCACGUAAUUAAUUAUGCGCUCUCUUAGGCGGUGGAGUAUGGAAUAUGGAAGCACUGAAGAGUGGGAAUACUAUCAACGUCCCUACGGGGGUUUUUUUACAGACACUGUCUGCACUUCCUACAGAUAUUGUCUGUAAAUAGGUAUUUUAGACAGAUUUUCUAUCUAUAUUUUAGUUAAUUGUCUGUAUUUUUCUCAGCUAGAAACUCUAAUUUUAAUCGAUUUUUGAAAA